ACUUCCUGCAUCUGCGAAGGAUCGCAGGCUGGUUAGGAGGAAGGCUUGACUCCGUGUAUAUAGACUUGCCAGCGGGAUCAGUACCGGCCACCGCGCAUGGCGAGGGAUCUGAUCGGGCCGGCACUGCCGCCCGGCUUCAAGGCCCUCGGGGCAGCGGGGGACGAGGAGCGGGACCCCAGCCCCGUUGCAGGACCAGCUCUACCCCCUAAUUAUAAGAGCAGUAGUUCAGAGUCAUCAGACAGCGAUGAGGACAGUAAUUCUUUGUACGGAGAAGGAAACCAAGAAUCUGAAGAAGAUGACACUGGUCCACCUGCAAGAAAACAGAGGAGAAAUCAAGAUGAUGAUGAUGAUGAAGGAUUUUUUGGACCAGCCCUUCCUCCUGGAUUUAAAAAGCAGGAUGAUUCUCCUCCAAGGCCUAUAAUAGGUCCUGCAUUACCACCUGGUUUUAUUAAAUCUGCACAGAAAAGUGACAAAGGCAGAGAUGAUCCAGGACACCAAGUACCAUCAUAUUUCAACUCUAAGGAAACAGAUAGCAGUGAAGAUGAGGACAUUGUUGGACCAAUGCCUGCAAAAGGACCACUUAACUAUAGUGUAACAGCAGAGUUUGAUAAAAGAGCCCAGAGAAUGAAAGAAAAACUGAUUAAAGGAGAUGAUGAUUCGGCUAAACCAAUUACAAGGGAGUCCUGGAUGACUGAGCUUCCUCCGGAAUUGAAAGACUUUGGUCUUGGGCCCAGAACUUUUAAGAGAAGAACAGACACCAAAUCUGGAGAUCGAUCAGUGUGGACAGAUACUCCAGCUGACAGGGAAAGGAAAGCCAAGGAGACAAAAGAAGCAAAGAAGUCAUUCAAUAAGAAAGAUGAAGAACAUAUAUUGUCAGGAAGGGAAAAGAGAUUGGCUGAGCAGGUGUCCUCAUACAAUGAAUCGAAAAGAUCAGAAUCUCUUAUGGACAUUCAUCAAAAAAAAUUAAAGAAUAAGGCUGCUGAAGAUAAAAAUAAGCCUCAAGAAAGAAUACCAUUUGACCGUGAUAAGGAUCUCAAGGUGCAUCGGUUUGAUGAAGCUCAGAAAAAAGCACUAAUAAGAAAAUCUAGGGAACUAAACACCAGAUUUUCACAUGGCAAAGGCAGUAUGUUUUUAUAAAAGAGAAAGAAAAGGAAGAUUUGAGAUGCAAAAGCCCACCAGGAAAAAGGUCAUGUGAAGAUGGAGGCAGAGACUGGAGUUCUGUUGCCACGAGCCAGAGAACUCUGCAGCCACCAGCAGCUGGAAGAGGCGAGGAAGGAUUCUCCCCAAGAGCCUGCAGAGGCAGUGCGGCCCUGCUGACACCUUGAUUUCAGACUUAACCUUCAGAGCUGUGAGAAAUAAAUUCUGUGUUUUAAGCUA